ACGGCAUGACCAAGUGAGUGAGCAAUCAAAGCAAAGAGAGCGAAAGGGAGAGCAACAGAGAGAGAGAGAGAGACAGAGAGAGCGAGAGAGAGAGAGAGCGAGAGAGAGCUCUCCGAAUUGUGAGUGGCUUACGACACUCAGUGAACAGUCUGUGUUUCUGCAUGCACUGUCAGUGUACCGGUCUGCUGCGAGGGAUUGCGCGCUCCUUUGGCUUCCAUAUUUACCGCCCCUGCUUGCCCACCAGCUCUAACCUUCAGCACCCUCUUCCAUCCGGCUGAAAAAUUCCCCGGAGAACAAGGGAGGGAGUGAAACCUGCAAGCCACUGGGGAUGCAAGAGGCUGUUUUUUCGUUUUUUUUCUUCCUUUGAACCCACAUCUGCAACUGACAUGGAAUACUGUCAAAUAAGAAAACAGUGAACUGGGUUCACCUCUUUAAGUCUUUUUUUUCCCCUCUGUCGCCAGCAUCCAUCACUGAAAGCAUGAUUAACCGCUUGGACGGAUUAAAACCUUACAAGUUAAUGAUUGUGUAAUAUAUAUCCCGGCAGACCUGCUGAAACUUAAGCAAGUGGAGAAAAGCAGAAGAUAUUUUUUUAAAAAUGUACUCUUCACCUCAUGAUCAUUGCAGCAGAGGACUGCGGAGGAGCUGAAGAGAUCGAGCUCAUACAUACAGACUGGGGAACUUGCGCUUUCUACCAUCUCCCCACUUGGAUUCCGUCUCUUUCACUUGAGGAGAACUAAGACAUUGUAAGCCUGCCAAGGAUCUGGUGUCCGCUGAAAGGAAAGAAGGGAGGGGGUGAUGGUGAAUUUGUACCACAGUAGGGUCCUUUUUAGAUCCACACAUAAUUAGUGUUGGGGCACAAAGCGGGACGCUGAAUGGAGAUUGUCAGCUUUUGGAUAGGGGUGAGUAGGAAUCUUUUCAGAUAAGAUUGAUCUAUGAAGACAUUUUUUUCAUCUUUCCUCUCCACCCACCGUUUGAUCUCUAUCAUAAGCAAAGAGACUUUAUCAUUUUGGACAAGGAUUUCCUCAGCUGACCAAAUGAGAAAAAAUUAAACCCGUGUUGAGAUAAAAUACAUACAAAGAAAAAAAAGCAAACAAAAUCAAUAAAAUAUGAUGUUCUAGAUAUGAUGUGAUAGGUGGACAAAAAAUAUCCAGAGUGAAUGGACAUUUGCUCUGUAAAAUCCCUGGAUAUUUAUGCUGAUGGAUUUCCUUCUAAUUGGACUGUAUUUAAAGUGGCCAGUGAAGAAGCCCCCUGGGUUGAUACUGUGUUCGUUGGGCAUUUUUUUAAGAAUGGUUUCCAUGGUGGAGGGGGUUUGUCCGAGGCUGUGCCGCUGCGACAGCAAGCUGCUGUACUGUGAGGGGUUGAAUCUCACAGACAUUCCCCAGAAUUUGAGCAGCGCCAUGGGCUUGUCCAUGAGAGAGAACAACUUGACUGAACUGCGUGAAGGCCAACUGGCUGGACUGUCACAGCUCACCUGGCUCUACCUUGAUCAUAACAACAUUGACAUUGUGGAGGAGACUGCAUUUGACAAGCUAAGGCGGGUCAAAGAAUUAGACCUGAGCAGCAACCGAAUUGAGGGCCUGCCAAAUGGUACUUUUAGGCCCCUCCCAAACUUGCGCAUCCUGGACAUCUCAUACAACAGGCUGCAGGCUCUUGAGCCUGACUUGUUUCAUGGCCUUAGAAAGCUCACCAAUCUGCAUUUGCGCUACAACGCUCUCAAAUUUGUGCCAGUACGGAUUUUUCAAGACUGCCGCAGCAUGCAGUUCCUCGACUUGGGAUACAACCAACUGCAGAGUCUAGCACGGAACUCCUUCGCUGGACUCUUCAAAUUGACAGAGCUGCAUCUCGAGCAUAACAAGCUGGGCAAAGUCAACCUAGCCCAUUUUCCUCGGCUAAUCUCUUUACGUAUCCUGUAUAUGCACAACAAUCGAGCAACAAUUGUUGUCAAUACCCUGGACUGGACAUGGCAUUUCUUGGAUAAGAUUGAUUUAUCUGCCAAUGAAAUUGAGUACAUUGAGCCACAUGUCUUUGAGAGUGCACCCAACCUCAAGGUAUUGAUGCUAGACUCCAAUCGGUUGACUUCCAUGGACCAGCGCAUCUUGGAUUCAUGGUCCUCCUUGAACAGCAUUACCCUGGGAGGGAAUGAUUGGGAGUGCAGCCGCAAUGUUUGUGCCUUGGCCUCUUGGCUGAGUGCCUUUCGGGGGCAACGUGACAAUUCAUUGCUGUGUUCAAGCCCAGACACUGCACAAGGUGAGGAUGUCUUGGAUGCCGUCUAUGCUUUUCAGCUCUGUGAAGAUCCCCCACUGGAAGUUACCUCAGCGGGUCUGCAUGCCUCCACAAGGGACCUGGUCCAAGGUGGCUCUGUGUUCCUUGGCCCAUUUACCCCCAACCCUUAUGAUGGUGAAGACGGUAAAGCGGUCCCCAGUUCUUUCACUGUCACAGUGGGACAUGACGACCUGGAGAGUACCAUGCAGAUCCACAAGGUUGUGACUGGCACUAUGGCACUCAUCUUUUCCUUCCUCAUCAUUGUGCUCAUGUUAUAUGUGUCAUGGAAGUGCUUUCCAGCCGGAAUAAGGCAACUGAGGCAAUGUUUCAGCAGUCAGCGUCGUAAACAGAAGCAAAAGCAAAGCAUGCAGCAGAUGGCUACGAUUUCUACACCAGAGUACUAUGUUGACUAUAAGCCUAACCAUAUUGAGGGAGCUCUGGUUAUCAUAAAUGAAUACGGCUCCUGUACUUGCCAACAGCAACCUUCUCGGGAAUGUGAGGUGUGACCUGGGGCUGACAGCACGUCGCCCCCCCCUUGAUUAACUGACGAUCGGCUAAUAAUGUUUUUGAUACACUGAAACGGAAGGAUUAAAUGUAUAUUUUGGUCACACUUUACACAGCUUCUCACUGUGAUAUGGAAUGAGUUUGCUUCAAGCAGCUGAUCAUUUUGCUGUUUCUUUAGUAAUUUGAUGCUACAAGGCAAAAUGGGCUCCUGACGUUUGGAACCGUUGAUGUAAUAGCAACACUGAGAGGAAUACAUUAGAAGCUGCGCACACUUUUUGUUUUCCCUUGAGUGAUGUAUAUUUUAGCUUUAAUGUGUCUUUCUACUUCAUUGAAUUGUAAUUAAGCUGUGGAAACAAACAAAAAAAGAAAUAAAAAAUAUUUGUAUUAUGGUAAACAAUAUUUGACAAGGAUCUAACAUAUAUAAAAACAUAUUUAAGUUGGAUUAAAAAUGUAAAGAUACAACAACGUGUAAAAAUGUUUAAAGAAGUGGAACUGUUAAAAAAAUGCUCAAGAUAUUUCUUUUGUAAACUAAAAAAAUAUUUAAAUAAAUGAAUUGCUAUUCACAGUGAAAACACUUGUAUGUGAGACGCUUAUCAGAAAGGAUGGAUGACAACAUUGCUUGGCAAGCAAUACCUCUGCAGUCCUUUGACCACAAAACAAAAACAACAAAACUAGCUAACUAACUAGAUAUGAAAGGGGCAGAGAGAUAUUUGCAUCUCAAAUGUAAUGUCCAUGAUUUACAUUUUACUCAAUCUAUUUUAAAUGACGUGUGUUGAUUAAUGAUUGACUGUGUUGGUUCACGAGCAGUGAAGUUUGAUCCCCUUUUGCUUUAAAAUAACUUGAUCAAGUAAUUACAUUAUAAUCAUUUGGCACACUUUCAAAUCAUAUCUGUGUACCAUCAAAGUAAAGAAAGCAGAAUGUCAACUAUAUAAAUCACUCAUUGCUAAUUCAUCUUUGGCUUUCCUGGUGGCUUCACUGAAUCAAGCACGUAGAGGACAACUACCAUUUAAAGCAGACUUACUUACAUUUAAAAUGCAGAUUUAAAUCACUAAAAUAGGGUAAUCCACCAGCUUCAAGGGAGACGCUGACUUAUAAUAUUCUGUGUUUUCAUGUUAUGUAAAAUGUUUGUUGUACACAUUUUCAUGUGUAUAUACAUAUAGAUACUUUUUUUUGGGUGUUGUGUACAUGUUUUAUUUCCUGUGUCAUUUGACGUGAGCUGCUGUAUUUUGUGGGAGGAGGUGGGGACUGUAAAAUGGAGACGGAGGAUCUCAACAACUGCAGAAAGAGGGGACAGACUGCUCUCUAGUGUGCAUAUAUUUACAGAGUGUGGCUGCCUUUUGCCUAUUGUACACUAGAUUCCGACUCUCAACUCCCACAGCAGUGGAACCAUAUGAUGACUUUACAAUGGAUUUUGUCAAAAAAAAAAAAAAAAAAAAAUCAGCAUCAUUUCGUGUUAUUUUGAUAUAAAUUCAAAUUAUGUUUACAAAGUGUUAUUCAGGAGGAAUAAUAAAUCAAACAAACAUGUUUUCAGAAUUCACCCAAGACAAUCUUUCUAAUAAUGGUGAAAGGUGAUGCAUAUGUUUUGAACUCAACAAGGCCAGUGGGCACAUAAUAGUAUCCACGCUACAUGUUCAGAAUUUGUAAAGACUUUUACUGGGUUUGAGCAAUCACUUAACUUUUACUGGGCUGUUUAUCCUUCUGUGGAUGGGUUGUGAAACUGAAAUGGAAUUUACGGCAGUAUUUUGUGGUUUUGUGUGGAGGGACAAAACAAAAUUGCAACCGCUGAAAAUUUUAUUUAUACAGUAUACUGGUAAUUAUUAUUAUUAUUAUUAUAUAUUUGGGGGGUAUUACCCACUUGCUUCAAUACUUUUCUGAAAUUAAAAUUUUCUGAAAAAAAAGUACAUUUCAAGAUGUGCCCUAUAAAAGAGUUGAUAAAUGCCAGUUGGGUAAACAAUGAUUUGCAACCAAAAGGAACUGUAUUUGUAAAGAAUAUGACCAUAUAUACAGAACAUAUAUACAGUAUAUAUGUAUGAUGGUACAUGGUAGAGAGAUUGGAGGUGCAAAGUGAAAGAAAAUUUGUCUUUUGGUUAUUCAAAUAUAUACCUCACACAAUAUUCAAGUUUUCAACCCAAUCCAUCCCUGCCAACAUUGAGGGGGUGAACUGUUCAACUUUGAAGUAAUUCAUCAGUGAACAUUUAUCAGGGAAGGAUAAUGGUUAUUAGUUGCCAUGUGAGAUUUAUGAUCCAGUUCAUAUUUGACCCAUUUGAAGAUUCGACAUGACUGUUAAUCAUAAGCUGAUACCCUGUAAAUGCAAAACGCCGCAUGUACAAUGGGGUAUCCGGAUGAGGAAAUAGAUUCAAAUUAUUCUCUCGUCAUCAUACCUGUCAAGUAAUUUUGUUCUUAGCUGUCCUUCAAGGUACGUCACCGUCUGUUCAACAUGUGACUGAUAAAUCUUAAGAGUGUGAAGCUUCAUUUAUUUAAAUAUUGGAUGGCGCCUGUCAUUGAGGGGAAUGUUGGCACCACAAUUUAUUUCAGUUCACUUUUUUCUUCAAUAAGCGAUGAGAGCAAAAGGUUCUGGAGAACAUCUGAUCAUUGAAAAAGCUUGGCUGACAUUAAACUACUUUCAAUUUAUCUCCAUUCCUGCUCACCUUUACUUUUCCUUCACUUUUGUCCCAUCUCUCCCUGUUUUCCUCUCAGAUAAUAACUGUAAAUGUGGGGGGAAAUGGAACAGUUCAUUGAAAUGAAAACAAGAUCAUAUGUCUGCUUGACCUAUGCCUGGGGGAAUAAUUCUCUGAGGGGAGCUACUUGUAUAUGUUGGCUGACUAGAUCAAUGAAGCUCAAUGAAAACCAAUGGCGUUGAAUGGUGAACUAAAUACCCAACAUGAUGAAUACAGUUCUUGUUGCUGGAUGAUUCUAAUCUAAUUGAUAUUAUUGUAUAGUAUGAAUACUAACUUCACAAGGAUAGUUGGCACUCAGAGAGUGAUAGGGCAAGUGACUGCGUGACUUAGCUUGGAGAAAGGGGUGCUGACUUGCUCAAGGGCAUUUUUCCAUCAAUUAGCUGUAAUUUCCUAUUGUCCGCAGUGGGAUUCAUGCUGUAAACAUCAGGUUCCAAAGUCCAGCUCCUUCCAGAUGAGCUACUGCCGCCCCACCAUAACAGGGUGUUCUGAUGACUGUCAGACACAUGACACAUUCUGCUUCUUUCUCAGCAUUCAGUGUUAUGAUCCCAGCUGCUUGCCAGCAGCAUGACAUACAAUACAUGCCCAUUCGUAGCUUUAACCGUGUGCACAACUGAGCACAUGCACAUGCAAUCCGCACACAGAUCCAAAAGAGACAAAGAAAUAGCUCGAUGUAGGUCAAUGUAGCAAAUUAUGAGAGAUCAUGUGAAUUUACAAUGGUAUGCAACUACUGAUACAAAGAGUAAAAGGUCACAGCAAUCCAGACAUGAAACGUGGUGAAGCGCACAAAGAGGAACAUUCUGUUGAGUGUGAACACCAGGUAAAAGGUCAAACAUUAGAUUUCAAGGACCCUAACCAAUACAAGUAGUUACAAGCUGAAAUGGGUACCGUGAAAUAUGUCUAUCCAUGGAAACCUGGCUAGGAGGUCUUUUUAAACGCUGCAGCAUGAAUAAUGUGGUCUAUGAACCACUUGGUCAGUAGGUCUCGCUCUAAAAAUAGCAUACAAAAGCUGUCUUAGUGAUAGAAGUAUCUCAUGUUUCAAAAUAACACACCACAAUAAUGAGGACAUAUAUUGGAUGAUGUUUUAAACUGGUUAAUAAAAAAAAUCCACAAUAAUUAAGAACGGGCCUGAAAUAGCUGCGAAUACUGAAUUUGGAAUCCUUGAUGGUUCUCGUCAGUUCUUCAACCGGCCUCCCAACACAAAGCUGCACAUCAUAUUUUGACAGCUAGAUCCGCCGAAAACCUGUGAGUAUUUAACCAGCUCGAAGGGACAACGGAUUUGUGUCACAGCGUGUGCGCUCAUGCCACUACGUCACUCCGCAGACAGACCUUUAAGAAAUGGCUUGCAGCAAACACCUUGACACAAAAACAAAAUCCUUGAAAAAACAAAUUAACCUAGCUUCCUGCGAGGGGUAUUGAUUGAGCAACAUUUUGCCGUGUCAUUGGGACUAGGGCUGUGCUGCAUAAUAAACAUUUAACACCCCCUCAUAACUAGAUGCAGAGCUAAAUCACGGGUGGCAUGUACUGCAGUGGGCUGCAAGGAGAUGGUGAUGACGAAUGGCAAUGCGUGGGUGGCUUUGCACUGCUUCUUUUAUAACAGGUGGGUUAUAAUCAGGAUCACCACACUAAGAAUGAACAGUACUGUCUUUGAGCCUUAAACUGUUCUCGGACCAGUUCUCUCAUUGUUCACUCCCCUCUAAAUGUCACCUUCUUUUCAGUAGGAUAUUACGGCAUAAAAAGUCAAGGAGAGACAUUUGUUUACAAACCCUCCUCAUGCAUGCUGUAAAUACAUUCAACGAAAUAAGCAAAAUAUGAUAAAAUAUGUAAACUACACUUCAAGCAUU